UCAUUUCACUUCACCUGGCUGGGCAGGUCUGCGAGGAUUCAAGGCUUAGCUCCUCCACUUUUAUUGUUUUUGUUUAUUUUUCAGUCGUUGUUUUUAUUAAAAUAACCAUGUUCAGAGGAAGAGUCCGACACACAUAAGUAAUGGGAACUGCUAAUAGCAAGCAGGCUGCUCUAAAAUGUGCUGGGGCUUUGACUUAAAGGAAGAAAGCACAGCCCUGCAUUGUCCCUAUCAGGAAGCUGGAGCAUAGAAGAGUUCACUUAGGAUCAAAAAAAAAUGCUGAAGGCCAGAGACAUCCUGGGACACUACUUCUGUGGAAUCUACAUCACUGGACUAUUUCUACCUCCUCACUAAAGAUCAGAAAAGAAGCCAAAUACAAGUAUGAGAGUGAGUUCUAAAAACAAGAAGCAAAAUUAUAAGGCAGAGAAGAAAGUUUCCUUCAGCUGCUCUGUGAGUCAAUGUGCAGCAGCCCCAUCUGGAAGAAUGUCUUUGUCCUUGUGAAUUGCAAACAGCUGGGUCUGCCUCACAGAGUCACCUGCCUAUUCAACAUCUGAAAUUAAUCCUUUGGAUACUUCACCCAUGACUCUCAUGAACAAUGCAGGGAAAUAAGAAACAUACAGAAGGACACAGUGAUUCCUCAAGUAUUGGGAGUCUCCUGGAUGACACAGACAGAGAAGUGAGCAGCCUCACAGCUCGGGCUUUCAAAAGUUUGUGUGUAGCAGAACUUGAAGACCCUUACAAUGAACCAGAACUUUCCAUUUCACCUGACUUUGCCCUCCAGUUGUCUGCUAAAAUUCACUCAGGGACAUUAAACCAUGACAUCCAGAAAAGCAAUGUCUGUGACAAGCUAACAGCAAGAAACAAUGAGCAUACAAUAUGGGCUUCUACAUUCCAGCAGUUACCUAAGUGUGCUUUGGAGGAGAAGAGGAUUGCUAAAAACAACACCUUUGCCAUGGAAAGGAAAUUGAGCUUGCCAGUCCCUGGUUCAAGGAACAAUAAGCAUGUUUCAAAAGUGUCCUCAUUGAUUAAGACAUUUGACAAGACUGCAGACCAAGGGUCAGGAAGUUCUCUGAUAACAAAUAAGCAGCCCAUUAAGAAUAGCUUUCAAAAAUACAAAAUAAAUCAGGGCAAUGAUACUGCUUCUUGGGGUGAUAGAGACAUUUUAAGCAUCCACAAGGAACUUUCUGAAUUUUCUGAGGCUAGUCAAGGUAGCCACUGCCUCAGCGACAAACAUGAGCCACAGAGAAGACCUAAUAAAAUAGACCUGAGUUAUGGGGACUCUGAUGGUUAUUAUCCUGUGCUGAUUGAGAUGUCAAAAGUAGCCAAGUCAAAUUUUUCCCAUUCUUCUAAGAAGGCUUUAAAAAACAGAAACUUGAAAGUUAGUGAGCCAGCAAAAAAAGGUAGUUUUCUUCACAGUGAGAAUAGUGCUUUUGAAUCAUGGAAUGUUCAUCAUAAAAAAAUGACAGAAAAGGAGGACAUAAAAAUGGAAAAGGAAGGUCUUGCAUACCUGGAAGAAUCACCAUUUGUUAAAGGAUCACACACAGGUGAACAUAAAUUGUCACCUGCCACGGCCACUGUUGCUAAGAAGAAAGAGAAAGAUUUUCAGAGGAAGCCAACUCUAAAAGAAGCUUCUUUCUCUCUCCGAGUUGUACCUCAGGGUCCCCACCCUUUAGAAACCAAAUUCCCUGUUGUUUUCCCUCCCACCCCUCCCCCUAGGAACCAUGUACCCCAGAGUCCCCCUCGGCCACCCCCUGCCCCACCAGCCCCUCCUCUCCCACCCCCCUGCCAUCCCCCAGCACCCUCUAGCCCUGAAGCCCCUCCUGUGCCACCACCCCCAGUGCCAGCUCGACUGUCCCCCACUGCCUUGUCCCAAGCCUCUGUGUCACCCCAGUCUGUGUCCUACAGCAUGGUUUCACCCUCACUCAGGUUUGAGACACCCAGUCCUCCUCCACCGAAACCCCAGGCCAGCUCGGCUGAGGAGGAAUCCCAGAGCCCCCAGCUGGGCAAUGCCUGCCCGCCCUGGAGGAGACAGAGGGCUGCAGAAAGGGCAGCAGGGAAGAGACAGGCUGCAAAGGAGAAGGUCACAGACAGCCACAGGACCUCAUUGUCUGAAAAGGCGACUGGUGCUGACCCUGGUCUAGGUGUCACUCCUCUGGCUAAGCAGGCAAACUCCCCUGGAUCCAUCAGCCCCUCUUUCAACAUCAGCGAACUCCUAACACCUGUCAUACCACCAAAACAGGAGGGGGACACUGCUGAAAGGGAGCUGAUCCCACUGACACCUCCUCCCACAGAGAGCACAGCCUCAAGAGACCCUGAGGAGGGCACCUUGGAUGAUUACAGGUCCUGGGAUAGUUGCAGGUUGACAGCAUCGAGUCUGUUAUUUAACUUAAAGGAUGUGCGCAAACGUGUUAAAAGCAUUUAUACCCCUUCUCCCCUGUUAAGGGCCUUGGAGGAGAAAAAUAAAACCAGGGAAAAUAUGCAGGAGAGUACAAAAAUGUAUGCCUCGUUCUCAACUUCACACGACAAAAGUGAGAAAAAUAUUACAGAGAAAGAUGAAUUGAGUGAUAUAGCUUAUGUAUUGUCUAGCAGUGUUCAUGAGAAUGAUAAUAAAACCGAUUUAACUGGACACUUCACAGGCAAUUCUCUGACUUUGAGUUCACCCCAGACAACAGAAGACCUUCCAUUUUACCAAACUGGAGACAGCAUGAAGCAAGACAAUUCAAAACACCAGGAUCUGGUUAAAAACACAGAGGUUAAUGAAAAUUUCCCCUCGUUCAGACAUGAAUCAAAUGAACUUGACUUAGGAAAACAUCAGCAGUAUACAGCACAGAGACCAUUCAGUAGAGACAAUGUAGGUACAAAAGCUGGGCAGCCCAUGCAAAAUCACAAUGUGCAGGGUGAGGAAAAUGAAAGACAAGCUGCUAUUCAGAAUGAAAAUUUUGCCUUCAAAACACUCCUAAACCAACUCUCACCAGAAGAAGAUGAGCCUUACAGCGGCGCCCAAACCACCAUUGUGGUACCUGGCCAUGAAGCACGAGGCAAAAGAAGCACUAGUUCCUCGGAGCAAUCCUUCGUCUCCACAGUGGAACAGCCACUUCAGGAAGAGCCAUUUCUGCCUGUGUCCCUGAUGGAGCAGACGUGCCUCCAAGAAAGCCAGAGGACUGACAGUGAAAUGGGUUCAGGAAGUAAGAAAAGACACAAGGAGAGAGGGAAAGAGGUUGGGGAAGAUGAAUUGCAAUAUUGCGCUUGUAUCAGCCCUGGAACUGGUGCAGCAGAGAAGAGGGAGGGAAGUGUUACUGGGAAUGAACAGAGGAGCUUGAUGAAAGAGAAGCUAGGGAGAGAGAAAAGGGAAGAGGCCAACAGCACAAAUUCUGCAUCUGACAGUAUGAGAGACACGUCCAUCUCCAGGUCUGAGGAACCACAAACACCAUCAUCUUCAAGCUCAACCAAACCCAGUCUGUUUAUGAUUAAAGAUAACACAUUCAGGUCGCCUCAGGUGAUAAGGGCUGUCAAGCUGCCCCUACUCCGGUCAUUCUCCCUGGAUGACUCAGUGAGCAGCAGUUAUAGGGAAAUGGAACGUAAGUUUAUGUCCCCAGCAGUGUACAACAAGAGGCACAGAAAUAUGUUACAUGCCCAGGAGGUUGGCUGGUGGGCAUCGAGACACGGAGGGCAGCAGAACGUGAGAGAUGGAGCAACUGACAGAGAAAAAGAAGCCAGUGAGUCUGGAUCUACUUCAGUAACAGUGGAUCCCAGUCUUCUGGAAAAUACAGAGGGCUUUUCAUUUGGAAAACUGACGGAAGAAGAUGAAAAGAUUUAUGUGUUGUUAAAUAAAUUUGGGAAAAUGGAUGAAGAAAGUGUCUGUAGAAGUGAAAAGAAGCUUACAAAGGCAAGACACAGCUUAGAACAGCCAAUUAGAGGUGUGGAAAAUGACCAAGAACAAAACAACCCCAGCUAUGCUGCAGAAAGAAAGACAAAUUACUUUAAGAACCAUCAUUUAUCUAACCGCAAAGGGGGGUCUUGCACCAAAAAAAUAAUCACUAGGCAGACAAUUUCCCCUGUGACUGGCUCCAUAUUAGAGGACCACACAUGUUCUUCUGUAUCCAAUGACACUUUAGAGGAUAUCCUGCAUACAGAAGGUGCACCUUUGUUAGACAAUCUUUCAUGCCCUGCUGUUAGAAGCUCCAGGUCAGGAAACAUGAUGCACUCUCUUGCUGCCAGUUCAUUUUCAGAUAAACCAACUACUUCUGGCCUUAGAGAGACAGGAGAUGUUACAAAUCCUGCCUUGUUGAACAUGGCACUAGAGAGGCAAGCUUAUAUGCCUGCAGAAGAGAUAAUCAAUUCUGCACAGAGGAACCUACUUUUGGAUGUCACAGGGGAAGAUGGGAGACUGGAGCCCAGGGGACUUGGUGGGAGACCAGCAGGCAAGCCACCCACUGUGCCACCAAAAACAGAAAAGGCUCUGCGUCGGGCUAAAAAGCUGGCAAACAAGAGGAAAAAGGUGCAAGAGCAGCAGAAAAACCAUCAGACUGAACAUGUAGAUGCUGUAGGGAGAAAGCCUACUCAUUCUGGAGAGACAGCAGUAUCUGCUUCACCCUUAGUAUAUUCUCCCCUUCAUCCUCUCCUUCACUCAACUUUUACUCCCACAGAAACCACUUCUGGGAAAUCUAGACUUGCACCAGCAGCAAGCUCUUCACCCUCUACAACCCAGAGGAAACUCCUCCAGGACCCUGACUCUGGUCAAUACUACGUAGUUGAUUUACCAGCUGAAGUUAAUGUAAAGACAUUUUAUGACCCAGAAACAGGCAAAUAUGUUCAAGUCUCAGUCCCUUCCUUGGAACAGAAUUUACACCAGUCCACCUCUUUAGAAACGAAGAAUUCUCCCUAUGCCUCCUACCCUAGAGUGCUGCCUUUACCAGCCUCAUCAGUAGCUGUGCUGAAAUCACCUUCUCAACUCUCUGAACCUGCCUGGUCAGUGCCUGCUGCACCAGAACCAGCUGAACUACCUGAAGAUGGCCAGCAGGACUACAGAUACUGUGAGUCUGUGGAUACUGAACCAGCCUCCUACUCCUACCAUCAAGAUGCUGGAGAAACUCAAGUUCACUUAGGCAAGGAUGUGAGCCCAACCCAAAAUACUAGCAUUGUCACCCUCACCAAUUUAGAUGAUUUUGCUGCUGAAGGAGUAUCUUGA